AUGGGGGAGUCUAUCCCGCUGGCCGCCCCGGUCCCGGUGGAACAGGCGGUGCUGGAGACGUUCUUCUCUCACCUGGGUAUCUUCUCUUACGACAAGGCCAAGGACAAUGUGGACAAGGAGCGAGAGGCCAACAAGAGCGCGGGGGGCAGCUGGCUGUCGCUGCUGGCGGCCUUGGCCCACCUGGCCGCGGCCGAGAAGGUCUAUCACAGCCUCACCUACCUGGGGCAAAAACUAGGGGGCCAGUCCUUCUUCAGCAGGAAGGAUUCCAUCCGCACCAUCUACACUUCCCUGCACAACGAGCUGAAGAAGGUGGUGACUGGCCGCGGUGCACCAGGUGGGACCGCCCCUCACGUGGAAGAACUGCUUUCCCACCUGUCAGAGCAGCUCUGCUUCUUCGUUCAGGCCCGGAUGGAGAUCGCAGACUUCUACGAGAAGAUGUACACCCUCAGCCCGCAGAAGUUCAUCAACGCUGAAGAGCUCGUUGGCCUCUUGGACACCAUCCUCAAGAAGUACAGCUCCAGAUUUCACCACCCCAUUCUCAGUCCUUUGGAAAGCAGUUUCCAGCUGGAAGUCGACGUCCUGAGUCAUCUCCUGAAGGCCCAGGCUCAGGUCUCCGAGUGGAAGUUCCUCCCGUCUCUGGUGAACUUGCACAGUGCUCACACCAAGCUGCAGACUUGGGGCCAGAUCUUUGAAAAGCAGCGGGAGACCAAGAAACAUCUGUUUGGAGGGCAGUCUCAGAAGGCCGUUCAGCCCCCACACCUUUUCCUUUGGCUGAUGAAACUCAAAAACAUGCUUCUUGCCAAGUUUAGCUUUUACUUUCACGAGGCAUUGAGCCGACAAACGACUCCUUCAGAAAUGAAAACGUUGACUGCAAAAGCCAACCCAGACUUCUUUGGGAAGAUUUCCAGCUUCAUCAGGAAGUAUGAUGCUGCCAAUGUGUCCUUAAUCUUUGACAACCGAGGUUCCGAGAGCUUUCAGGGUCACGGCUAUCACCACCCCCAUUCCUACAGAGAGGCCCCUAAGGGUGUGGACCAGUAUCCAGCUGUGGUGUCUCUGCCCAGCGACAGGCCGGUCAUGCACUGGCCCAAUGUCAUCAUGAUCAUGACAGACCGCAUGUCCGACCUGAACAGCUUGGAGAAAGUGGUCCACUUCUAUGAUGACAAAGUUCAGAGCACCUACUUCCUAACCCGUCCAGAACCUCACUUUACCAUUGUUGUCAUCUUUGAGUCAAAGAAAUCUGAAAGAGACUCCCACUUUAUUUCCUUCCUCAAUGAGCUCUCACUUGCCCUUAAGAACCCCAAAGUUUUUGCAAGUCUGAAACCUGGCUCCAAAGGCUAGCAGGUGAUUUGUGGGAAAGGUUUUCAAGACUGGAAAUUGUGUUCUUAAUUGCUCUAAUGAUCUACUGUGGUCUAUGAUUAGAGUUUCCAUCCAUUCAUGCUUCUCCCAGAGCUAAAUUAGAGACAGAUCCUCCCUAAUUGUGUCGCACACUUUAUAAGCAAUUAAGGCCAAUUGAAUUAAGUAUCCAAAGAGUAAUCUAGGAAGUGAUCAUGACUACUGUGUAUAACCGUGGUACAGCGAAGUACUUUCAGUACUUUCUCCUAUUUUCCUGUAUUUCACGUAGACUGAAUAUUUAUUAGCCUUUGAUUUUUCUUUCCACAUGUUUUAUAUUGUUCUAAACUUUCUGUUUUAAUGCAAUUCCAAAUGCUUUCUCCUUUCCCUUCCUUCCGGGAUGAGUAAUUGGGAUAAGAUAUUAAAUGGCCUUUUCAGAA